UGUUGUUCUAUUGUAAUUACUAUCAUUAUUUAUAAUAUAAAAAAAAGAUAUAUUAAAUAUAUAAACAAAGAAAUUAAAUAAUACAUCUUUAUAUAAAUUUAAAAGAUCGUGAGAGUUAAAAGAUAAUUUAAAAUAUAUGAAAUAAUAAUUCAGAUUGUACUUGUAAAAUAAUUCUGUGAGGAGCGGACAAUAUCCAUGGACAUUAUGAAAUUAGAAAAUAUUACGAUUGAAGAAGCGGUGGAGAUAGCUAGAGGAAACAAAAAAUUCUAUGAAGAGAAGUUCGAUAAAUUUCGACAAUGGUUAAAACAACAAGCUCAUCUUCCUCAAGACAUUUCAGAUAAUCGAUUACGGAUCACCCUUUUAACUUCAAAAUUGGAUCUAGAGAAAGCUAAAAAACGUUUAGAUUCGCAAUACACACUUCGUACCUUGCUUCCCGAGUUUUUCGCCAACUAUGACCCGCAGAAUGACAACAUCGCUCUAGUACACAAAUGCAUACAAUGGGUAAUUCUGCCAAAGUUGACGCCAGAAAAAAAUCGAAUCACCUUUUUUCGACUUAUAAGCGAAGACGCUUCUAUCUUUCAUCUCGCGGAUGUGAUAAAAUACACAUUCAUGUUAACAGACAUACGUAUAGAGGAAGACAUGGUAAAUUCUGAUAUUUUAGUAAUAGAUUUUGUUUAUUUUACUCUUAAUCAUAUGCUUAAAUACAUACCAAGCCUUGUAAAAAAGCUUGACCUUUGCCUGGAAGCAUACGGUUUGAGAUACAAAGGAAUUUAUAUAAUAAACGCACCAUCUUAUAUCGGUAGAUUCUUACAGUUAAUAAAAGCGUUUAUGAGUCCAAAAAUUUAUGAGAGAAUGAAAGUUUUCGAAUCCGGAAUAGAAUCAAUAUGUGAAAUGAUAUCAAAGUCCAAUUUACCUGCGAAUUAUGGUGGUGAGGAACCGUCAUUGGAAGCCCUAACAGAUAUGUGGCAUUCGAAAUUAUUGAAACGAAGGGAAUGGUUAUUGGAGCAAGAAAAAGUUAAGAGCAACGAGUCCCUACGAACUGAUCAUAUAAUAAAUGCGGAUGAAUUAUUUGGCGUUAAUGGGAUAUUCCGCAAGUUAGAAAUCGAUUAAUAUCUCAAAAAUAUCUUAUCUGAUAUAUUGUGAUGUUUACGAAUUCCAACAUAUGUAACGCUAAUCCAACGUAUAUAAAUAAAUGUAAAUGUUAUGCGUAAUAUAGAGAAGAAUCUAGGAUGGAUAUUUAUUUGAAAACAACAUAAAAUAAUAUAAUUUCUUACGAAAAGAAUGAUGCAAAUCUUAGAUGUGUCACAUAUAGGCUAAUAUGCAUACAUUUGAAUAACGGCAAUGUUGUAAAACAUAGCGCAACAAGUAAACAU